AAUUUUCCUUUUCCUUAAUUUUCCUCAUGGUUUUUACUCCUCAGAUAAACAUGAGACCAAACUGAAGGGUGUCAUCUACUUCCAAGCCAUAGAAGAGGUGUAUUACGAUCACCUGCGCAGCGCAGCUAAGAGUCCGAAUCCUUCGCUAACCUUCUGUGUGAAGACUCAUGAUCGACUUUAUUUCAUGGUGGCACCAUCCCCAGAGGCCAUGCGUAUUUGGAUGGACGUCAUAGUAACAGGUGCCGAGGGCUACACGCAGUUUAUGACCUGAGGGAGAGUGGAUGCAAUUCUGCCUGCUGUGAUCUGAGAGCGGACAGGACUCAUUUAAUAGGACGUGCAACAUAUGCAAAAUUAUGUUUAAAAAACUUCAGCCAGCACUGACUGAUGUCUUUGUCAUCGUGACUAGAGAAGAACUGGAUGCAGGCUGGCCUGAUGACGACGUAUUAUUGUGCAACUGUUGGUCAGAUUUUAUGUCACUAAAAAGAGAAGUUGAAAAAUAUAUAUAUGUGACCCUGGAGCACAAAA